AUGAAUCUCCUCGACCCGUACCUGAAGAUGACGGAGGAACAAGACAGCGCCCCGAGUCCCAGCAUGUCUGAGGACUCCGCUGGAUCGCCCUGUCACUCCGGCUCCGGCUCGGACGCAGAGAACACGCGUCCCUCUGAGAACGGACUGCUCAGAGGCGACGUGCUGCUGUCCGAGCUGAAGAAGGACGAGGAGGACAAGUUCCCCGCCUGCAUCCGGGAGGCAGUGUCCCAGGUGCUGAAAGGAUACGACUGGACCUUGGUGCCGAUGCCCGUGCGCGCCAACGGAUCAUCCAAGAACAAGCCGCAUGUGAAGAGGCCGAUGAACGCCUUCAUGGUGUGGGCGCAGGCGGCUCGGAGGAAGCUGGCGGACCAGUAUCCACAUCUGCACAACGCGGAGCUCAGCAAGACUCUGGGGAAACUCUGGAGACUUCUGAACGAGGCAGAGAAGCGCCCGUUUGUGGAGGAGGCCGAGAGGCUCCGGGUGCAGCACAAGAAGGACCACCCGGACUACAAGUACCAGCCGCGCAGGAGGAAGUCUGUCAAGAACGGCCAGGAGUCUGAGGACGGCAGCGAGCAGACGCACAUCUCUCCCAACGCCAUCUUCAAAGCCCUGCAGCAGGCCGACUCUCCCGCCUCCAGCAUGGGAGAGGUGCACUCCCCCGGAGAGCACUCGGGUUCCCAGGGGCCUCCCACCCCCCCCACCACCCCUAAGACUGAUGUGAGCUCUGGAAAGAUAGACCUGAAGCGGGAGGGGGGGCUGCGUCUGCCCGAGGGCCCGGCCGGACGCCAGCUCAACAUCGACUUCCGCGACGUGGACAUCGGCGAGCUGAGCAGCGACGUCAUCUCGCACAUCGAGACUUUUGACGUCAACGAGUUCGACCAGUACCUGCCUCCCAACGGCCACCCGGGCUCCGCCAGCACCGUGAGCUACACAGGCAGCUACAGCAUCACCGGGGCCCCUGUGAGCCCGGGGGGAGGGGCCUGGCUGUCCAAGGGCCCGCAGGGACACACUCUCACCACACUGGGGAACAGCAGCAGCAGCAGCUCAGGGGCCGGGGCCACAGACGGCCAGCACCGGACCCAGAUCAAGACGGAGCAGCUAAGUCCGAGCCACUACAGCGACCAGCAGGGCUCCCCCCAGCACCAGCACGCCUCCUACAGCCCCUUCAGCCUGCACUACAGCCCCCCCGGCCCCCCCGCCUCCUUCUCCUCCAGAGCUCAGUACGACUACACUGACGCCACUGGCUCCUCCUACUACAGCCACGCGGGGGCGGCCCAGAGCCCCGGCCUCUACUCCAGCUUCAGCUACAUGAGCAGCCCCAGCCAGAGGCCCAUGUACACCCCCAUCGCAGACAACGCGGGGGUCCCCUCCAUCCCCCAGACCAGCCCCCAGCACUGGGACCAGGCCCCUGUUUACACCCAGCUCACCCGGCCCUGA